UCACUGCAGCCAGCAAUGUUGUUUCUAAGUACCAAAGGCAAGAGCAGGGUGCUGGGGAUUUAGAACAAUUGGCAUUGUUAAAGGUAACAGGGAGAGCUUUCAUUCAAAACAUACUACGAAUCCCACAGAUGCUGGUGUAACUCCCAGUGCUGGUAGUGGUAAAUGAUGUACAAAAGGAGAGAAUGCUGAGACACAACUACAUAGAGAAAAGGAACUUAAGAGGAAUUCCCUGACAGUGGAGCACAGCUGAUUUUACAAAGAGAGCAGAUGAAAAUUGUUUGAAAAGAGGUUUCAGCAUGAAUUGCUCCACUUUCCUCUCCCUUGCGCUGGCACUGGUUCAACUUCGACCUUGUUCUCCAACCACACAGAGCUACAGUGCUCAAAACGCAGAUCAGUCUUUCACAGCAAUUCGAAGAGUGAAGCGUGGCUGGGUAUGGGAGCCACUUUUUGUAACUGAGGAAGAGACCUCAACGAUGCCUAUGUAUGUUGGACAGCUGAAAUCAGAUUUAGACAAGGAGGAUGGCAGCCUACAAUAUAUUUUGACUGGGGAGGGAGCUGGCAGCAUUUUUUUCAUCAAUGAACAUGGCAAAAUUUACGUGAGGCAAAGGCUGGAUAGAGAAAAGAAAUCCUUCUACAUUCUAAGAGCACAAGUAAUCAAUAGGAACACUCGUCUUCCUAUUGAACCCGAUUCUGAAUUUAUUAUCAAAGUUCGAGAUAUCAAUGAUCAUGAACCACAAUUCUUAAAUGGACCUUAUGUGGCUACUGUUCCAGAGAUGUCACCUGAAGGUACUUCUGUUACACAGGUAACUGCUACAGAUGGUGAUGAUCCUUCUUAUGGGAAUAAUGCCCGGUUGCUUUACAGUCUCAUUCAGGGUCAGCCUUAUUUCUCUGUGGAGCCAACGACAGGAGUCAUCAGAAUGGCUUCCCAAAUGGACAGAGAAACGAAAGAUCAAUAUUUGGUUGUCAUCCAAGCCAAAGAUAUGGUUGGAAAAGCAGGAGCAUUUUCAGCAACGGCCACUGUUACCAUUAACCUCUCUGAUGUCAAUGACAAUCCACCUAAAUUUUGGCAGAGACUCUACUAUUUGAAUGUCUCUGAGGAAGCUCCUGUGGGCACUACUGUAGGCAGACUCCUGGCAGAAGACAGCGAUAUAGGGGAGAAUGCAGCCAUGAACUAUUUCAUUGAAGGAGACAGUUCAGAUGUUUUUGACAUCAUUACUGACAGUGAGACUCAGGAAGGAAUUAUCUUACUAAAAAAGGGAGUGGAUUAUGAGAGCAAGAGGAAACACAGUGUUAUAGUAAAAGUUGUAAACAGGUACAUUGAUGAUCGUUUCCUGAAAGAAGGACCAUUUGAAGAUACAACUAUUGUACAAAUCAGUGUGAUAGAUGCUGAUGAACCUCCAGUUUUCACCUUGGAGAGCUAUGUGAUGGAGAUUGCUGAAGGAGUUGUAAGUGGGUCAUUGGUAGGAACUGUAUCCGCAGGAGAUCCGGACAGUGAUGACAGCCCAGUCAGGUAUUCUGUUGUCCAAGGCAUGCAUUUAAAGAGAUUGUUCAGCAUCAAUGAACACAAUGGAACAAUCAUUACAACUGAACCUCUGGACCGAGAGAAAGCUUCUUGGCACAACAUAACUGUUACAGCCACAGAAACUAGAAAUCCUGAAAAAAUUUCAGAAGCAAAUGUAUAUAUCCAAGUUCUUGAUGUUAAUGACCAUGCACCAGAAUUCCCUAAGUAUUAUGAAACAUUUGUUUGUGAGAAUGCAGUAUCUGGCCAGCUAAUUCAGAGCAUCAGUGCAGUGGAUAAAGAUGAUUCAGCAGAAAGUCACCAUUUUUACUUCUCAUUGGCUCAGGACGCCACAAACAACUCACGUUUUACUGUCAAAGAUAAUCAAGAUAACACAGCUGGAAUUUUCACAGCAGUAAGUGGCUUCAGUAGACAAGAGCAGUUUUAUUUCUUCUUGCCGAUCUCAAUUCUGGAUAAUGGAUCCCCACCACUUACGAGCACAAAUACACUCACUGUCACUGUCUGUGACUGUGACACUGAAGUGAGCACCUUAUACUGUCGAUAUGGAGCUUUCAUGUAUUCCAUGGGUCUCAGCACAGAGGCUUUAGUUGCUGUUUUGGCUUGCUUACUAAUACUCUUGGUGUUCUUUUUGGCGAUUAUAGGCAUAAGACAGCAGAGGAAGAAGACUCUCUUUUCAGAGAAAGUGGAAGAAUUCAGAGAGAACAUUGUCAGGUAUGAUGAUGAAGGAGGUGGUGAGGAGGACACAGAAGCUUUUGAUAUUUCAGCACUGAGGACACGCACUGUCUUGAGAACACACAAACCUCGAAAGAAAAUCACCACAGAAAUCCACAGCCUCUACAGACAGUCCCUGCAAGUUGGUCCUGACAGUGCCAUCUUCAGGCAGUUCAUUUCAGAAAAGCUUGAAGAAGCCAAUACAGACCCUAGUGCUCCUCCAUAUGACUCACUUCAGACAUAUGCAUUUGAGGGCACUGGCUCUUUGGCAGGAUCUCUCAGCUCCUUAGGCUCAAACACAUCGGAUGUGGAUCAAAAUUAUGACUAUCUUGUAGGCUGGGGACCUCACUUUAAACAGCUCGCAGGCAUGUAUGCUUCCCAAAGGAGUACUAGAGAUUAGUUACUGUUUGAUCAUUUGUUUUUUCCAUAAAUUCUCAGCAACUGAAAUCAACUCAGUUUUUAAAAAGGAGAUCAUCCCACAUUCAAGUACAAAAAUAAAGACCUAAGUCUUGGAUGUAGAGAUUUUCUGAAAAAUUGUACCAGGCCUAUCAUGAGUUGAGAGGAUGGGCACUCUCCAUUUGAAAAAAACAGGAAACUAAGAUUUUGCUGCUUUGGAUAUCAGGACCCCAUUCUGGGACAAGAAAACCUGGGUCUUACAAGUGCAGAAGGAGGAAUAUAAGCCAUAAAUGGUUAUUGUAAAUAUUGUCAUCCACAAGCUAUUUCCAAAGUUAAGACAGACUUUUGCUGUUGCAGUUGAAUAUAUUCAUUAACCAAAGUUAAAUAUGCAUAUUUGUAUAAUGCUUCAUUAUAUAAAUAUACUUGUGUGACAAAGUAGACUGUAGAUAUUCUAAUACAAUUGUCAGAAGCACUUAAUAAUCUAUUUAUUGCUCGUAAGAUGAUAAAGCUAAAACAAAUCUCCUUUCCUAUAAUGUAAAAAUAAAUACCUGUUACAACAUCAGCAUAUUAAUUUCUAUAACGGAAACUAUUGGGAAAUACAUAAACCCAAUACUUAUUUUAGGAAAUAAGGUAGGAAAAAAAAAAAAGAAAUUAAUUCAAGUUAGAAUCAAUACUCAAAUACUGCAAUUGACCGCAUUAUAUUACUGUACUUGUAACAAAAUAUUAUCCAAACAUAAGUAUCUGUCUUUUUAUUAAGAGUUUAAAAGAUGACUGAUUUACCAGGAUAGAUUUUUAUGUUAUGAUUAUGGAAUAUAAAAUUAUCUAAAGUAAUCGAUUUUACUAUAACAGUAUUAAGGACCUUUAAGAUUCUAAGCUGACAGUUAUAAAACUUGAUGUAUAACAUUGGAUAAUAAGAUAGCAGAAUGUUUUAAUGUUAAUCCACUUCUUCUGAAAAUGAUCCUGUAUCAUUCUAUUGGACUCAAAUCAAACUUCAAAAUUAAUUUCCCACUGUUUUAUUUACAAAUAAUCUACAAUGAAUACAAAGAUCUCUCAGAUGAUUUCUAUGCUCUUAUGUACAUAGCUACUCAGCAGCAGUUUUGGAUCUAAUAGUCAUCAAAUAAUCAAAUAUAUUCAAAAUGAUCUGUCUGGAAAAAGGGACCCACUUGUUUUUUAUUUGUCUCUCUUCCAUCAGCUACAGAUUACAAAUAUUUAAACAAUGUUUUUCUUCUGUUACUUUUUUUUAAGCUCUUCAGUAAAAAUUACUGAUGAACUAGAAAAAGCCAUGAAAAGCUUAUGAAAAAAAAAAAAAACAUGCACAUAACGUAUAAUCUCUGCGGGAUUUGCUACAAUUUCUAUUCACCAAGGAAAAACAAGAGAUACAGGUUAAGUGGAAAUGUGCCAGUGUAGAGUUCUAAUUAAUGUCAGAUAAAAAUAAAACAUGGAGGAGUUUGGAAAUCAGGAGAGAGAUGCAGUAUGAAGUCUGGGAAGGGCAGAAGAAACUAUUAAUGAUUUUAAUUACUGGAAAAUGCUGGAGGAUCAUAAAACUAGGUCCAGAUAAACAGCAUCAUAAGGAAAAUCUGUUUUUCUCCACGAUCAUGCUAGGCCACCAGUAUGAAUGAGUGACUACAAACACUUUAAAGAAAUGCAUGACUAUAAAGUUAUAUUGAUGACUCAAAUACUUGUGUUCAGUGACUAUCAAGUAGAUGCAGUUUUGAGUUUUUUUGUGGUUUUUUUUUUGGAUAAUAUUGUGCUUAUUAAUUAUUUGCUCCAAGUAGCAAAGAGAAAGAGAGUGCCCUUAUUGUUUGGAGAUGGUAAGAAAUGCAGUUUUAGUAUUAGGUUUUUAGAUUUACCUAGAUUUUACUCCAGAAGAGUCCACAGAUGGCCACUGUGGCCUUAAUAGAAUUCCUCAUACUUUCAUGUUGUAUUUAGUACAAAUAGGAUAAAAAUGUCUGAUCCUUUCUCAAUCCAGAUAGUUUCUGUGUUUAUAUGGGGAAGUAGCUUUGAAUACCUAAUCAUGUUUCCUCUGACAUUAUGAUUUCCUCUGUUGACUUUAAGGAACUGUAAUGAUAAACAAUUUUAUAAACAAUGUAUACUGUUGUCAUAUCCAGCAACUUCUACAUGAAAGAUAACAAUGACCUGCAAUAGGUCUUAAAUGAUCAUUACCUAAAAAGCCCUAAGAUCACAUUCAUACAGCAGGGACACAAGUGUGUUUAGCUCUGAAGUAAGAAAAUAUUCUUAUAUGUUACUGGGCCACAUUCUCUUAGGUUCCUGAUAUUCUAAGUCAAAUCUUUUGAUUUAUUUUCACAUGUGAGAAAAGAAUUAUUGAGCUGACCAUGUAAAUCAUAUUUCAUUUGAUAUUUUGUACUUAAUUUAGCUGAAAAAAAUCUGCAGAAAAGUUUUAUAAAAAUUCUGUUUACUUAAAGGAAAUAAAAAUUCAGAGGAAAUCAAACUACUUGAGAGAGAUCCCAGCAAUUAAUAGUAUGAAAUUAAUAAAGAAUAAGUUAUAAGAUAGAGUAUUUGAUGAAGUCUAUUAAACGAUGUAAUGGUGUUCCUAAGGGAAUCCUCCAUUGCCUUUACCUUUUAAAAUUCACCAGUAACUAAAAUUAGCCACGCUAUCAGAUGAAGAGUGAAAAUGUGGUAACAAAAGAUAUAUGUAUAUUCAGCUGCUCUUGACCUUCCUGAGUGAAUAUAAAGAAUUGUUAUCAAUUGGUCAAGGGAGGAGAUCAUACAAAAUGCUUUUCUAUAUGAUUACUCUGGAGAGAUUUUUUUUUUGCUUUUUUUUUUUGGUCCAUAACAGGUUAAGAACUGGUGAAAUACAUGACAAAACAUAAGCUUCCUUUUUUCAGUUCUCACUCAUAGGAAUUUAAUGCUGUGUUAUUGGUUUUAUGAUUUAAAGGAAAUGAAAUCUAUGCAUGUUUUAAUAAAUAAUGAUCAUCUGUUUGAAGAUAAAAACAAACAAACAAACAAAAUCACUUUAUAGUAGAUUGUAGUUUCGUACUCAUUAUUGUGACCAGAAAAGGGGAGGUUUAUUUAUUGGUUCAUCCAAAAUAAAAUUUCUUCAUCUAAUUUUAAUUUUGUAUAUCAGGAUGCAGGGCUUUUUCAUUAUAACAUUGAAGCUCUCCUGCUUGCCACACAAGAUAAUCUCAGUCUUUAGUUCUCAUAAUUUUUUUACAGUCUUUUCUCACAGAUACUGUCAUUACAUUUCUUGCUUUGCUUUUAGAAUUAACAUUGGAAAUGUGGUUAACACUCAUUCUUAACUGUAGGGGGUAACCCUGUCAGAUGAGAGUAAAAUAUUUUUGACAAGACAGUGUGAAUUUUAUGUUUAAAGUCAGAUAUAAUGUAUGCUCUCAGGAGCAGAAAUUGAAGGAAAUUAUGUGAUUUCACGUACUGGCAAAGGAUAUAUUUACCCUUGAUCCAGAAUAUAAACAAACAUAAAAGAAAUUAUAUGAAAAAUGGCAGUAGCUACUUAUAAAGGUCUAUCUACCAGAAAUUUAUAAAGUAAAAUAAGAUGGAUAAAUAUUUUGUAAAAAAUUGAUGCAUUUUGUAACAGUAGUUUUAUCCUUUAUAAAAAAAAAAUAACAUCUUCCUAUAUGUGUCUAAAUUAGCCCUAUGUCUCAUAUAGAGAGUCCAAAGAACAGUAAGCUAUAGAUAGGAAACAAUAUACAGACUUAGGUAAGUAUGAAACGCUUUACCCACAGCAAAUUAAUUAUAGCAAUAGGUAAAAAUAUGUGUAAGACACAAUAAAUGGCAGCUAUAUAGAGAGCACUAAAAGCAAAUGUAAAUAAAUAUAGUUGGAAACCAGCACAACAUCACAAAUCUCUCCAAUAGCAGAGACCAGAACAGGGUAUCAAUGUCUAAUAAUGCCCGGACAGAUUAAUUGUUAUUUAGAAGGUGCUUUAAUAAUAUUAAAGUUUACGAUUUGAAUAGCAUUCCAUAUGUGGGGAUUCAAAUACCACUGGUUUAUAGAGAAACAAUAAUAUUUACGUACAUAUACCUGUCUGAAAGAAUAUGGCAAGUUAUUAGAUUAAAACAUAAAAGUAUGUAAAUCUGUGCACAGAUAAAUAAUGUACCUCUUCUGACAUUGUUAUGAGUAAAUUCAUUUCUGCCGUUACAAAUUGCACAGAAAAAUAUUAAUUUCACAAAGGAUGUCUUUAACAGUUUUGGUAGCCUAAGAGCUGCAAUAAGAUCUUCUUGUACUGAUUCCGUAUGUUAGCCUUACAAAUGUGAUAAAAAGAAACACAUAUAUACUGAGGAUACAUGAGGUAAAGGAAAGAACUAGAUGGCCUUGAAAAAUGAAGAAUAGAAAAUAGAUACAAUUAAAUGGCACAAAAUACAAGAUCAUCCAUUCUAGUAAUAGCUAUUAAAAAAUAUCAGCUUUUAUACUGGGCAUUUAUCCAGGGUAAUUAAGCAAGACAAAGGAUAUCUUAGCUCUUAAACUUACUAUGAACAGCUGAAAAUAUGCAAGCCAAAAAAUUAUAUAUAAACUGAAGCUGUAUUAAAAAUAAAAUAGGCAAAAUAAAGUGCAGACCAUGAAAUGAAAUUGAGAUUGAUUAUCUAAAGUUUUAAUUACUUUACAUUUCAUUCUUUUCUUUGUUCAGACUGACCAAUCACACUAAUCACACUAAUAUUGUUUCUGACAGUCACAUGCACACUUAAACACAAAACCAAAGUUCUAAUAUUAGUAAUUGUUAGAGAGUUUUCAGAGGAUAAAAUAAAUAUUUCUUCUGUACUUACAAACUCUUUGGCAAAGCCCAGAAAAAGUAGGAAAAAAAAAAAGAUAAAAGAUGUUAUCCCUAAACAUCUUUUAUAUUCUAUAUCAGUAUGCACACAUUUCAUUAUGCAUGUGAACCUUGUUUUAUUUGCUACAAAUGACACUUUAUUUACAAAUAAAGUUCAAGAUAUUAUUUCAAAUGACUUGAAUUUUAUGUUAAUCAAUGACAAUUUUAUGUGAAUCAUUGUUACUGCAACUUAGCUGAUACUUCAUUGAGUUCCUCUCAAAACAUCCUGUCCUCACAAAAAUCUUAUCCAAUGCCACCAUGACUGAAUAUAAAAACAUCCUAGUUAGCUUCUGAAAAUGCAUUUAAUCUCUCCUAUCCUUAACCGUCUAAAAAUUGCUGCAAGUUAUCCAAUGCCCCAAAAAUGACUGCUCACAAUCUCUGUCUGGAAGUGCCAGUCUCGUGAUAUUGAAUGGUUUUGACUACAGCAGAAACUACAAAAAACUGAGACUCAAAGUCUUCAUUUUAAAGGAUUUAAGAUUAAUAUUUUCUUUCCUAUCCUGUAUUCCCAUUUUUCUGUGAAACCAGUAUUCCUAUCCUGUCAACAUCUCAGAAGUUUGGGAUAGGCUGGAUAUGCUCCAGGACUGCAAAAUGAUUGCAGCAUCCUUCCUUAUGGGAACAGGUUACACAUAGUAAACUUUGCACACUGAAGAACUCCUGUGAACACAUCUCCAUCAUGUCACCAAGGACCUUAAUCCAUGAUAAAUCACUCAUAAAGCUUUGUCUGCUUUCCCCAGUCUGAUGGGUGUAUAAGGAUCUUGCUUUGUCUUCUUGCCUUUCUCUAUGGCUGGGAUUAUUUUUAGCAACCCAGUAAAUAUUUUUCUUUGACAAUACUGCCUGUCAGUCUUAAAUAAUUAAUAUUACUUUAUAGUAUUCUCUUAAGAGCUAAAUAUUUCCAAGUCAGCUCCUGGUGGAGAUAGCUAUUUCGCAAUCACAUCUUUCAGGAAAUGCAGAGAAUGAGAAAAGAAUUCAAGGCCAAAAGAGGUCAAGUGAUUUGUGUACCUGGUCAUCUCCCAAGGCAGAAACAAGUUGUAAAUUCUGAAAUAUUCAGCCCACUGCCCCAAUCUCUGGACUACAUGUAUUAAGGUUUUGCGUUUUUUUUUUCUUUUUUGCAGUUCUACUUGUU